UCCACCCGAGGAGCUCGACCCGCAAACACAACGUCGCGCUCAAUCUCGUUCUUUUUUUUGUUUUUCGUCCACAUUCUCGCUACACCCACGCUCUUUGUUAUUGUUGUCGUUGUUGUUUUAAUGUUGUUUUUGUUGAUGUUGUUAGUGCCCCGUGCUCAUCAAUAGAUAAAAAUAAGGGACCAAAGUGCGCGACACAGCCCACAACAUGGAGGCAUAGCGACAGACGGCUAUUCUAAUAACAUACGUGGAACAACAGUUUAGUUGGCUGCCAAUUAAGUCAGAAUAUAAAGUAAAGUAACAAAGGAAAAGAAAAAAAGAAGAAACAGCUGUGGGACAUAAUGACCGUGCUAAGGAUGAGUUCGCCCGAGCACCAGCAGGCCUCCUCGCCGACGACGACGAGUCCCACGGCAGCCCGGCCGGCGUCCCAGCGGCUGAGCUUCUCCGUGGCCGCGCUGCUCGCCGACGACAAGAAGCUCAGCAGCAGGAGCAACAGCAGUAGCAGCGGCGCCGACCGAACGACUCCACCGACGACGGACUGCCCGACGGAUCUGUCGCGCCACCACCUCCACCAGCACCAACAGUUCACCGCCUUCUGCCCAAAGUCACCCGCGAGCUCGUCUCAGGAGGACGACGCGGACGAGGCCGGCAGUCUCGUCGAUGUCGAGGAACUGCAGGAGUCGAGUCCCACGCCCGUCCGGCCCACCCCGGGCUACGUGGCCGGUUUCUCCGCUCUCACGGGCCUACCGGGGAUGCCCUCGGCGGCGGCGGCGGCGGCUGCCGCGGGGAUACACCCGGCCCUCUGGGCUGGACACCAGAACGCCGUCGCUGCGGCCGCGGCUGCUGCGGCUGCCCAGGCUGGCUUCUUCCCGUCGCACUUUACCCAUCACGCCCCGCUCAACGAGAACGGGGAGCCCGCGAAGCUCAAGUGCAACCUGAGGAAGCACAAGCCCAACAGGAAGCCGAGGACGCCCUUCACGACGCAGCAGUUGGUCGCCCUGGAGAAGAAGUUUCGGGAGCGGCAGUACCUGAGCGUCGCCGAGAGGGCCGAGUUCUCCUCGUCGCUCCACCUCACCGAGACACAGGUGAAGAUUUGGUUCCAGAACCGGCGAGCCAAGGCGAAACGGCUGCAAGAGGCCGAGAUCGAGAAGUUGCGGAUGAACGCGGUCAGGCAGCACCACUCGGCCCUGUACGGCGCCCAUCCGGGCCUGCUCGCCUCCGCUGCGCUCUACCCCAUGGGCAUGCUGGCGCAUCCGGGGCUACAGGCGGCGCCUCACCACCCCGGCCAACGGCCCGUACAACAACAGCACCAACAUCCGCCCGCCCGCGACUAAACGGCCCGGCUCAUCAGUGCGCCCAGCCCCUCGUAAAAGACUGUUUCGUCUCCGAUAUAUUUUAUCCCGGGAUCCUGUUCCUCGUUAUAUAAUUGUACAUACUACACGAUAUUUUUGUAAAUACGUCUCUGCGACUCCUAAUAGCUCCUAGUGCGACUCCUACUACAAUUUAUUAUUGUUACUCAUGCUGUACCAUUUAAUGUCACUCGACUUGGAUAUUCUCAUCAUACGAUCAUUUUUCAAUAUUACCAUGAUUAUUGUCGCUACCGCAUCGCACGCGUCAGCCCUCAACUUGUACAUAAUAUAAUUACACAUGUAUAUUGUAUUAUUGGUAAUAAUGGUUAUGACAACGUAUUAUAUAAUAAUAUUAUGUAAAUGUCCUUUAUUGUUGAGAUCCUCGAUACAUGAUGAUGGUGACUGAGAGUUAUGACGGUGCGACAAAGCUCGACGGUAUAGGGCUACCUCCCACACCAUCAACCCCACAUUGUGUGACGCUCCCUCCCCCUCGUUUUUGUAUAAAUGUGUAAACAGCGCAUAGUCAGUAGA